CAGCAAGAUCCGCCAAAGAUUGUCAGGUACGUUGACAGACGAUGCGGAGAUGGGAUGCGUAAUGCCUGUUUUUGGCGGUGGGCAGAAAAAGUUCCGUGUGGAGAAAAAGUUCGUCCGCAAUCGCAGUUGAGCGCAGGGCGGAACUGACUCCUAGCUCAAACAUUCAAUCGAAGUAUUUGAGGCACAUCCGACUGGUUGAACAGGCUUGGUAUCGUUGGUAUAAUACACAGUCGAAAGAAAGUCAGAUCAACAUGGCGACCACCUUACAUCUCCGCUCAGAGUCCAAGGCUCUGGAGCAUAGGUCUGCUCUGACUCCCACGACGACCAAGGCUCUCAUCGAUGCUGGCUACAAAGUGAACGUCGAAAGAAGUCCUGUCAGAAUCUUUGAGGACUCCGAGUUCGAAGAAGUCGGUGCUACUCUCGUGCCCGAAGGAUCUUGGGUGGACGCUCCUACAGACCAUGUCAUAAUUGGUCUCAAGGAGCUACCAGAGGACAAGUUCGCCCUCAAGCACACCCACGUCCAGUUCGCACAUUGCUACAAAGGCCAAGGCGGUUGGCAAGAUGUUUUGUCACGCUUCCCCCAAGGCGGCGGCACUCUCCUCGACCUCGAGUUCCUCCAAGACGAAAUAGGCCGCCGUGUCGCAGCUUUUGGAUAUCACGCAGGCUAUGCCGGCGCCGCUCUCGCCGUCGAGGCUUGGGCCCACCAGCUCAAGAACCCCUCCGCAAAGCCCAUGCCCAGUGUCUCCAGCUACGCCAACCAAGACCUCCUGCUCGACGACGUCCGCGCGAAGAUAAGUGAAGGAGAAAAGAUCGCGGGACGCAAGCCUACAGUCCUGGUCAUCGGUGCGCUUGGCCGUUGCGGCAGAGGUGCCGUCGACCUGUGCACACAAGCGGGUAUCCCUGACGAGAACAUCAUCAAGUGGGAUAUCGCGGAGACGGCCAAGGGCGGACCAUUCAGCGAGAUUGUCGAGUCCGACAUCUUCGUCAACUGUAUAUACCUCUCCGACCCAAUCCCUCCAUUCAUCAACAAAGAGUCCCUGUCGUCGCCGAAGCGCAAGCUCUCGGUCGUAUGCGACGUGUCGUGUGACACGACGAAUCCUCAUAACCCGGUCCCGAUAUACACGGAAAACAGCACUUUCUCGAACCCGACGUUACCGGUCCCUGGCUACGAGAAUCCUCCUCUGUCUGUGAUCUCGAUAGAUCAUCUUCCCAGCUUACUGCCCCGCGAGGCUAGUGAGGCUUUCAGCCAGGCGCUGUUGCCGAGUCUGAUUUCUCUCAAGGACCGCAAGACGACGAGGGUAUGGCAGCAAGCGGAAGAGCUCUUCAGCACCAAGGUCGGAACUCUGCCGGAGACACUGAGGGGUGCUUGGCAGAAGGUGACUGGGUCUGCAUGAACAUUGAAGAAGAAGAUACCCAUAAGUGUUCGAUGAUAGAGUGACGGGAUAGAAAGCUGUGAUGCUUGUUCAUAUUGUUCCUCGUGGUCAUGUACAUACAACUUGCUGUUGCCUCCCUGUCUGUGCAUUGU